UAAUUAUCAAUACAAAUACAUUAAAAAGAAACAUUAUUAAAAAUGUAAAAAGGAUACAUCUUAGUAGCCUUACUUUUAGUAGGUUUUGCUUCCGCUAACUUCUACGAAGUUGCCAAGGAAUUCACUCUCAAUAACUUCAAUUCCAAAUCUCUUAGCAGUUGGAAUCUUGUUAACUUCAAGGGAGAUUAAGUCGCCAAUUGCAAUGGUGUUUCUGUUGUUGGUGGUCCCAGCGUCGUUGCCAGUGGUUCAAUGACCAAAACUUUCACAACUGAUUUUGAUCUCAACGGAGUUAAUAUCUCUUUCGACUUAUAUUUCUUUGAUAAAUGGUUCUCUGGUUGGGAUGGUGGUAGAGAUUAGAACACCUUGUUCAAGAUCUUCGUUAAUAACCAAUAAGUUUACCAACUUGGUUCUGAUUACACCAGAUCCCUCCAUGCUGAUUAACCCAAUCUUUGUGGUGAUGCUACUCCUGAUAGAUAAACUCACAUUUCUCUUGAUGUCCCCGCUACUGGUAGAAACAUCACUGUCUAACUUGUUGCCAACAUCGCUUCCAAUAAUCCUGCAGUUGCCUCUUGGGGUAUCAGAAAUUUCUACAUUUUAUCAUAAUAAGGUUAUGAUGAUUCUUAAGUUGUUGUUAGUGAACUCAAUGAUGAUUCCAAUUUCGAUGUUUCUCAAUGGUAAACAAAUUUCAAAGGUGUAAUCACAUAAUGCCCUUCAAAGCUCCUUGGUGGUUACAAUGCUGCUGGACCUAAAGCCACUGCUGUUAGAAAACUCGCAAGUCUCCCUGCUCACUCCUUCUUGACUGUUUCCCUCAGUGCUUAUUUCAUUGAUUCCAUUGAUGCUAAUGAUUCAGUUGUUAUUUACGUUGAUGGAAAGGUUGCCCAUGAACACUAAAAGGCUUAUUAUGAAGAUAGUACUAAUGUUUGCGGUGCUGCCUGGAACGACGGUGUUGAUAAUGAAUUAAAUAUCAUUGUUCCUCACUUUGCUUCUACUGCUGAAAUCAAAAUUUACGUCAAUACUGACCAAGCUCCUGGUGAUGAAUCCUUCGGUUUCAGAGAAUUCUAAGUUUCUGUUUCUUCUCCCUGUCCUAUUCUCUACACUGAUGUUAAUCAAGGAGGUAGACAAUUCUCCUUCUGUGGUAAUCUUCCUGAUCUCAAGGCUGUUGGUUGGACCGCUCCUAUUAAAGGUAUUUACCUUCCCAAGGGAGUUGAACUCACUGUCUACUAAGAUUCUAACUACAAUGGAAAGAAAUACACUGUUAAGAAAUCUAACUUCAAUCUCUCAGGUAAUGAAUACUAAUUGAUUAACAAAGCUUUAAACAUUGAUGUUACUGAAUAAAAGCUUAGACGUAACAAGUGA